UUUGGUCAAUGGAUUCAAGAAGUGGUAAAAACAAGAAUAUCCAGAUCCUAGACAGGCCCCUCAGCAGGGGUAAAUCAGAUGUGAGUCUCAGUUGCUUCGCCUUCUUGUUCUCCGAGUAUGUGCAGUACUGUACAAACAGAGUCAUGACCAUUCCCGACCUGCAGAACAAGCUAGCUAAAAUUGGGAAUGACGUCGGUUUUCAUUUGGUCGAGAUACUUAACUACAGGGAGAAGAAUCCGAAGCGAGAGAACAAGCUGAUUAACACGCUCCUCUUUGUAAAAGGAACAGUUUGGAAGUCUCUGUUUGGGAAAGAAGCUGACAAGUUAGAGCGAGCUGAUGAUGAUGAGAAAACGUACCUGAUAAUAGAGAACGAGCCUUUAGUAAACAGGUUUAUUUCAGUCCCUAAAGAUAAGAGCUCUUUAAACUGCGCUGCCUUCAUGGGAGGGAUAGUGGAGUCGCUGUUAAAUCACACUGGCUUCCCUUGUAAAGUCACCGCUCAUUGGCACAAGGGUAGCACUCUGCUCAUCAAGUUUGAGGAUUCUGUUAUGCAGCAAGAAAAGAAAAACAUGUGAAUCAGCAACUAGCCGUUACUUAGCAACAUGUUGAUUGUUGAAACUAAGUUCGGUGAUCAGUCUAACAGAAAUUGAACCAAACAAAAGCUAUUAUUAUCAAAACACCUUUUGAACUAUCUUGAAGAAUAGAUCGGCUUUUAGGUCGGCUGGACCGCAUGAUCUGGAGUGUGACGGGAUAUCUAUGUAAAAGGUUACCUAGCAACUAACUGGUUACCUAGCAACUAACUGGUUACCUAGCAACUAACUGGUCGGUUAAUGGUUAACAUUCUGGUGGUAAACUGUAUUUGUCAGGGUGCUAAUUUGAUUGCCUCUUGAAGUGUUGUAUGCAAAGGGUAUGUCGCUGAUAGUUAAUUCGGAAUAUUUCCAUUUCAAAAUUGAAUUAUAAAGCAUGUGUCUCAGAGUUUAACUGUACUUUUUUAGAUAGUAUGUGUUUAUUAAAAGUUGAUCUCCAAAAGGAGGUGAUAUGCAAUGUUAGCUUUAGACGCGUUACUAUGGUUACUAUGGUUACUAUUGUUACUAUGGUUACUAUGGUUUAGACGGUACUAUGAAGCUAUGAGCACAUCGUCAUAUCUCAUUACGAUGCAGUUAGAUCUGACUGAAGUUGUUUAUUUGUUGUUUUGGAUAGGUUACCUAGCAACUACCCGGUUACCUAGCAACUACCCGGUUGGAUAGGUAACAGCAGUGUUUUAUUGAUCAGUUAAUCUGUGGAUUUGUUCAUUGUAAUUAAGAUGUUAUGAAUGUUAAAUUGUUGAUUUUAAAUGAUGAUAA